AUGGAGGGGGCGCGCGACGCCCUGGUGGGCAUCGUGGACGCGCUGCACGCGUGCGGCUCGCGCGGGCCGCCCUUCGACGCGCCGCUGCCGAGGGGCGACGACGCGGCCGCCUGGGCCGCCCUGCACCUGGCGGCCGCCACCGCCAUCCGCGCCCACUUCGCCGGCGACGCCGGCACCUGCGGCGAUGGCGCGGCGGUCCCGGAGCGCCUGGCGGUGCUGGAGCUCAGCCUGGAGGGCCUGGAGAGCACCUGGCCGCGUCCGACGGGCAGGGGCGCAAGGACGUCGGCGAGGACAUCG